AUGGCAUCGGCUACCUCGUACACUCUCUUACUUACAGUGGAUUUGCCGCUAUGCUAUGAAACCGAAUCCAUGCCCGUGCCCGACAAAGAAGUCACCGCUGACCAUAUGGCCGAGCUAGAUUCGAAGAUGCAGAACAACAGUACACCGAGGAGUCGUGAUCCACCACGAUGCGAGAUUUUUACUGUGUCUACGCAAAAUGCACAACCCACCCAAAAGGAGUUUGAAGUCUAUGACGAGUAUGCAGCAAAAGCGGACGAGAGACUUUCGGAAGCUCUUGACUACCUUAUUAUCAUCUACGUCCUCUUGUGCCGUCGGCUGGAGCAGACUGCUCCACAUCUUCCGUUUGACUUCGAUAAGGAAGUGGAAAAGAUGCUUUCCAUGGAGAUAGAGGAGGACGCUCGAGUCACACUUCUCCAAUCACAAGUGUCAUCGCUUAUGGAGCAAGUACAGAAACUGACACAACAAGCAGCGCAGCGCAUAGAGGCAUACAUAAAAUUGAAGCAGCUUCGAAAAUGCUCUUCAGUAGCAGACUACUGUGUGGAAUUGGAGGAGCUAACUCGCAGAGUCUAUCCAGACGCAAGCGAUAAAGAGCUGUCUACGAUUCGAGCAGUAGAACUCAUAACACAACUCACAGAAUGGAAAGAAUACACACAACUCUCCAGCGCAUUAGAGCAGUCGAAAUAG